GUUUUCUUCUCCCGCCAUUUGUGCACUUCCUCCAUUCGUUUACCAUUGAGUGCAUUGGAAAAUGUAUUUGAAAUAAAUACUUUGGAUAUUUUGGAAUAAAAAUAAUCACCCAAGUGACUCAUGAUCAUUAAAGUCACCUAAUAAAUUUGGAAAAUGGCAGAAGAAAAAUCUACUGCAGAGGACUGCUGGACUCCCUACAAGGAGCUCCAGAAUAUUGUGGAGCAGUACGUAUUGUUAUCAUCAGGUGCUCAGGAUCCACAGUAUCACGAGUUCAUGGAGACACUGAGGAAUCAUCGGCAAAAUUUUUUGACACUCAUGAAAAAUCCUCCAAAGAACGCGAAAACCCGAGAAGAAGUAGAAAAAGGAAUAACGGAGGGGGUGACACUGCCAGGCCUAGGACACCGAGUGCUCCCAAAGGAGCUCGUUGAUGAAACGAUAAUAAUCUCCAACAUGUACGACCUGAACGAGUUCAUGGCCCUAGAUCUAUUGUGUACAGCGCAGCUGCAGAUGCCCUAUCAUCCAGGACUGACCAGAGGCCUGACAGCAAUUCUACUGUACUACGACGGUCGAAAAGCCUUGACCUCAGCUCUGCGAACCCUCGUCUACGCGAGGAUAGGUCACAGCUGGGUCCUGGACACACCAGUGACGCUUACCAAGAAGAUAACAGAGUACACGAAUAAAAUGCAGGAGGACGGACUUCUGGAUCGAAUUCUCUCCCUCCUGGAGGAGUUGGACCCCACGCAGGAGCAGGAGCUUCUCCAGCAGAAUCGAGCCCUGGGCGGUCCUAAGCAUCAUGACAUGGUGAUGAAGCUGUACAACGACGCAAGACAAGACCUCGCUGAUAUUCUCUACCUCUGGUCAUCCCAGUCGUCCCUCCCAAUGCCCAUAACUCACCGUCUCAUCUGUCUCCUUCAACGAAAGAAUCCCGAAUCAGAGUCUGGCACUGGAGCUCCUGAUAAGAUCACCCUCGCCCUUAUAAUGGCCCUCUUAAAUACUCUGAACCUCAGUGCCCUGCACAGCCGAGAAGACGGUGAAGAAAUAAUAAAAACAAUGUCCAUUAUUUCUCAACGAGGUGCCAUCGAGGAACUGAUCCAAGAGCUUCUGAACAACAACUCCACUUGGGAGAACCAGGGACUUCGUGGCCUCGUGCAAUUUGCCCUCGCCCUGGCCAUCACCACCUUGAAAUCAGCCUCCAAUCUCUCGUCACAGAGCAUCACCAAUGAGGACGAGAUCUUGCUUGAGGCAGCCCUCUCCAACAGAGUCUUCCACUUUAUGUCCAACACGAUCUUCAAGAGUGGAGAUCUUCACAACGAGGAGUUCUACGUUCGUUAUUUUCACAGAUUUAUCUCAGACUUCAUUGCCCUCAUGCCCCUAAAAAUAAAAGAACUGAGGAGUCGAGCUGACGAGUCCAUGAGAUUCAUCGAGGCAUAUCAGAGAGAGGGAGUGGAACCCCCUGGCAACUUGGACGAUCAUUUCGAGUAUCUCAUGCUAAUGAUUGCUGAGCUGUACCACAAGGAUCCCUUGAAUCUCAACCUGGUGGUGGAGUACUGGUGCCAAGAGGGAGAGAGGACUCACGUGUCAUCUGUUCACGUUAAUAGACUGCCCUCGAGACAGGUGGCCCUCUUCAAAUUCGUCAGGCUGGCUGGGGAAAUUCUCCCAGCUGGACUUCUUGUACCCUACCUGAGGAUGAUAGCGGCUUUGGCGUCAUCAUCACAAGCUGCCAGACACGCCUUCAAUUUCCUAAAGCCCAAUGGAUCCACUGGCUCGACGAUAUCGUGGGAUCACUUCUUUAAUUCUCUAUGUCUUUACUACUACAAUCUUCGUCAGGAGCUGCCACCGAGUCAGGACACGAUCUACAGACAACGAAGUCACCCCAAGGGGAUCACUCCCCAAGAAGUUAAACGCCUCGAAGCUGUGCUAAAUGUCGUUCAGGUGGUAGCCAAAUUCGACGAGAUGUCGAGGAUAGCAAUAUGCGAUCAUCCAGGAUGGAAGGUGCUACCUCUUCUCAUUGGACUCGUCGGUUGUGCCAUGCCCAUUCCUCUUAAAGGUGUCCUGGUGCGCACCCUGGCAGUUCUUUCAAAAUCCCCAGAGAGCUCCUCCAGUAUAUGGCAGAGCCUGGAAGCUGCUCAGAUCCUCUGCACUAUUCCCACAACCAGUAGCUACCAGCCACGAGGUGUCCAGACAGAAUUAGAGGAGAUUGAAUCAAGAAACGAGGAGUAUCCACUCACCAGGGCAAUGCUGGAGCUCCUCGAUGCCCUGACUGACUACCCUAUCCCCAGGCUCUUGGGGGCAAGCCAGAGAAAUCCUGGUUUCGAUCCCUACCUCCACUUUAUCAUUAACACAGUCUUUCUGAGAUUCAACACGAGAUCCUACAAGAAUCCCGCUGAAAAAUGGCAGGUGGCUGAUGCCUGUCUCAGAAUCUUUCACAAAUUAAUUCUCCAGUAUGAGCCCAAAGUUGAGGACUUUGCUGGGUGCAAGGUGGAGCUCCAGGGUGGAGAGUCUGUUUCUGUCAAUCCUGAACCUGGUUAUCACAUUAUGACGCAGUUGAACUCUAACUCAGAGCUCCUCAAUGUGAUUCUAUAUAUCUUAGACGAGGGGAGACAUCAUCUGGAGACGUACGAGGUGAUACCUGGAAAGUCUUACCUGGAGAGCAGCACGUUGAACUGCCUGAGAAUUUUGGAGCGAGGGCUGAAAAUCGAGUACCCUUACAUGCAGAUGCAGUCAGCUGUGACGACAUCCUCCAACAAACUGAGGACAAAUCUGUCCAGGCUGUUGCUGGGGGUCAACUCAAGAACCGGAGAACCUGAUCACAUGAUCAACGUCGCCAUGUACGUCUCCUACAACACCUGGUUGAGGAGACACGCAUUCGUGGCGAUUGGAGUGAUUCAGGGUGUUGCUAAUGAACCUGGUUCUGACUCAGAGCUACUAUCCACCUUCACCCUGAUCCCAUCACUUGCGGUAACGAUCAGACACGGUUUCGUCGAGUGCCUGGACUCGGACGUGGACCCCCAGGAGACCGACGAAGAGGGACCUGUGGGUAAUUGUAAGGAGAGAAUUCUCCUUUUAUUGAUGCAGAGCAUCAAUAGACCAGCACCCAACUUGGCUCACUAUCUCUUGGGCUUCGACAUCACUAAAGACAUAAGGAAGACAGUCAUUCAGCAGCCUGGUAUCAGAGACUUUCCCAGGACGUGCCUCCAUUCAAUCCUGGGAAUUCUCGAGCAGUCACUUGAGAGGGGAAGGGAGAAAAUCACGGAGGCCUGCUACUGGUUUCUCCACACCCUGGCAUCGAACAACAAAACAUCAGUGCCAGUACUUAGAUUCCUGAGGACAGCUACCAAUCAGGACUUUGUCCAGAGACACCUGUCGAAAUUGCCCUUCCAGGGAGAAAAUAAGGCAACAGAGCUGGCCUGCAUGUCCUGGCUACUGAAAAUUGUCGCUGUUGAGCUACGAGUGGCUGGUGGUUCCCUCCAGCACAGUCUAGUUCAGAGACUGGUGGGAAAUCCAAGUCAGGAUCGAGAGCAGAUUCUUCCCUCCCAGAAGCUCCUCAUGGAUCUUCUCCACUACAUCGACUUUCAACUGCAGCUGGAGCCCACAAAAUCCUGGGAGUUUUUCGAUCCUUCCCAAGUCGAAAUGGUUCUGGGUAAAUGCAGUGGUCCAGUGAUGCCCCAUGGUGGUCCCCAGUUGGUGGACAUCAGGAAGCUUCACUCAUUGAUAAUAGAGGAACUGGCAGUAACCCAGAGCAGUGCCACAGCAACACAGAGGAAAUUAAUGCAGCAAGAGCUCCAGUCAAUCCUGGGUUACGCCCUCAAGAGGAAUCAGACGAAGACUCUGUCCUAUGCAACUGUGAAAUUCGUGGAGGGCUGGUGCCAGGCCACAGAGAUUCUCUUCUCCAUCGCCACAAAUCAGCAGCUACCAGUUAGCCAGAGACAGAGUCUUCUCCUAAAUCUCUCCCACGAUCUCUUGCAAAAGAUGACAUCCUGUGAGGCUCUCAAUGAAAUUAAAACCCUCGUAUCUGGUACUGUUUUGAUUCUCCUGGUGAAUCUCAAGAACACAUUCGCCACUAAUGAAACGUCAACGUCACCCUCGUACACAACGACGAUUAAAAUAAUCUUGGGGCACAUUCUUCAGUGGCUUCUCAACUCUGGUGCCUCUUCGCAGAAGGUUCGCACUCAUCUGUAUGGAGCCCUUCUAAAUUUCCUCUGUGUGGUAGGACUGGAGAAGGGCGAACGUCCUGGAACCUCUGACAAUACCUACGUCAGCCAGUUGGACAGCUCGCUGUACAGAACACUUCCCAUGCACGAGAGAUCCCAUAGAUAUGCGACAAUCCAGGUGAUCAAUGGAUUUGGAGAGAAACUCAUGGAUAUUGUCUGCCACAAUUGCUCUGGAGGACAUGACGUCUGCAAAAUGCUCGCCCUCUCCUGCCUGGACAAAAUUCUAGAAUUGGAUUUUGACAAUUCUUGGAUUGUCUACCUAUCCUCCAGAGGAUACCUGAAACAUAUGAUUGAUAGUCUCCUGGAGAGUGACCACCUGUUGAGGAGCAUGUUGCAACCUGAUCCAAGCACUCUGAGACCACUCUACCUCUACGAAGCAAAAAUGGCGACCUUCUGCAGAAUGGCAUCAACGAGAUUAGGGGCUGAGAAUCUCCUGGAGAACAAAGUCCUCUCCUGUCUCUCCAGCAUGUGUGUCUUCGAUCAACAUCCAGACGUUCACGUAGGUUUUGACGCCAGUGAAGUAUCAUUCCUUCCAUCGAUUGGCCAGCGUUACCAGCAGAUAUUUCUCCCUGCCCUCUAUCUGUGCGACGCCCUCCUCACGACUCUGGGAACUGAGAACCAAUCCUGCGCUGUCCAGGUGUGUGGCUUCCUCCAGAGCCACCGAGACACUGUGGAGAUGAUUCUGAGGAACGUGGGACCUCGUGCUAAUGAUCUCUUCCUGAAGGAAGUCGCUUGUUUGACUGGUGUCAUUGCGAGAUCAGCUAAUAUCGAUAUGUAUCAGCUCGUGGAGGAGGAAUUGGGAAAGGACAUGAUAACAGACGUAUCCCUUAUCGAUAACACGGGUAUGAGAGAACUCCGGGCACAUCUCUAUCGUCUGCAAAAGCUCAUAAUUGCUCUUCUUCCUAAAUUCAAUCCUCAACCCCUCGACGUGUAUUCGAAUAAUCGAGAGGAUUCUGAGCAUCAUGCCUCAGUCCAGAUUACAGCUAAUGUUUUGCUGUAUGCCAGGAAUCAGUUGCAGCACACACACAUGGACCAGAAGAUCCGGAAUCUCUUGUUUGAACCGUUUCUGGGAAAAUCUGGGGGGAAAAGAGAUGGCAGUGGAGUAAAUCUGGGGGCUCUUGUGGAUAUUCUGGUUUCUUCCACUGGAUUACUCCAUGCUGAGAUCCCUCUCCUCGAUACUCUCAUCAAAAGGGCUGCCCUCGUCGACGAGAUGAGCUCAACUGACCUCAAGAAGUACUUGAUCGAUGAGGAGAUGGAGCUUGACACCAAUAAGCAGAGGAUCGUCGUUGAGAAGAGACUUGAGAGACAAGCCAGUGAUAAGAGGCAGAGUAUCAAGUACUGCUCGAUGAUUGUUGAAUACAGUCUUUAUAUACUGUGGUCACAUCUAGAUUUUUAUGCUACUAAUGCUUCCUCCAAGUACAGCAGGGCACAAGGAGGAUUGGACGAUAAUUUUUCGGAAUUUCGAGUAUCACCAGACACCUUGACAGAUCUAAAACAGGGCCUCGUCGGUGUCUUCAGUGACAGUUUCAUAGCUCAAUUGCUGGACACCCAACACGAAUAUUCAAUAAUCGAAAGGAGUUUCAUCGAGGCUCUGGUCAGGAGGAUAAAGCGAUUACUACAAUUUAUAAUCAUCAAGUGAUGAAAAUAGCUGUCCAUAAAAUA